CAGCGGUGGUGUGAUCAUGUGACGCCUGCAUUUCCGACACAACAAUACAACAUCGUAUCGGUCCGUAUUCACGCUCCCACUCUCUCCCACCCCCUCCACGCCUCGCUCUCGGUAUGGCGGACGGCGAGAGGUCCCCGUUACUAUCAGAUCUGGGAGAUGGUGCACUCGGCAGCGGUAACGGCGGGGUGUCUCCCGGUGCGGCGUCCUACGGUGUGCCUAACAAACCACUGAAUUUCCCUCCGUUCCCCAGCCCCACUCAGCCCUCGGUGCUCCUAGGGGAGGACCCUCCGCCCUACUCCCCUCUCACCUCCCCAGAGAGUGGCAGUGCCCCUGUGAUCAGCUGCAGGGUGUGUCAGAGCCUGAUCUCAGUGGAGGGCAAGAUCCACCAGCAUGUGGUCAAGUGUGGAGUCUGCAAUGAAGCUACGCCCAUUAAGAAUGCCCCAGCAGGGAAGAAGUACGUUCGCUGCCCUUGCAACUGUCUGCUCAUCUGCAAAGUCACUUCCCAGAGGAUUGCCUGUCCCCGGCCAUACUGUAAGAGGAUAAUCAAUCUGGGUCCAGUCCAUCCCGGUCCGGCCAGUCCAGACCCCCAGCCAGCUGGAGCCCGGGUCUCCUGUGGACACUGCAGCAACACUUUCCUGUGGACAGAGUUCACAGACCGGACGCUGGCCAGGUGCCCACACUGCAGGAAAGUCUCCUCCAUUGGUCAGAGGUAUCCCAGGAGGCGGAGCUUGUGGUGUUUUCUACUCUGCUUGCUAUUUAGCAUCUCCACCGCCGGCCUGAUGGCUGGAACAUGGCUGAAGGCUCAGACCUACCCGGGGAUCUAUGCCUCAUGGGCGGUGCUGCUCCUGCUGGUCCUCGUCACCCUGGCCCGGGCCUUCUACUGGGCCUGCAUGAGGGUCAGCCAACCCCUCCAGAACUUCACAUAGAGCCUCCCCUUCUCCCUUACUGCCCUGCCACAGCCUCUUUACCCAGCAGGAGGAACGAUGGCUUUAACAAAAACACAAAAAAAUGAAUACCCAAUAUUUAUUUAAAUCCAAACCCUGGAGAGAAAGUUUUCCUCCUUCUGUCCUUCCCCUUUUAGUCCAGUGUGUUUGGAAAACCGGAUGGUGGUGGCUGCGACUGCUAUUAUCUAUUGGUAAUUAUGAUAUGUAUAGCCUAAUGUACUAUUUAACUAUUCUAAUCUCGUGGCCAAUGUGGGGUUCAUUUUAACAUUUUUAACACUUCUUCUGCUCCUUCCCCUCCUGCGCUGUUGAUAAAUUUCGGCUUUUAGUCUGUGGCACAUCUGUUGCAAUCUCGCAACUUGUGAGACAAGGACUUAAUGGUUAAGUCGUAGAUGUGAUUACUGCCCUUUGUUUGUUUCGGGGGGACUUUCAAUCCUAAUUUGACAUUAGGCUCAAGCAUUUAAAUUUUCUUUUUUUUUUUAAGAGGAAUUAUUUUGUGAAAGCAAGUCAGAUAAAGCAAACAAAAAUUGAAGUCGAUGAGCAGCUGGAGGGACGUCAGCCUCCACCCUGCUGUGACUCCGAAAAUUUAGUAGAUGUCAAAUGUCUGAAAAAUUGAAUUCAGCAAGUAUGUGAAGGAAGGCUAUGAUGUUUCUGAACUCAGUGUUUAUGCUGAAUUAUCCCCUGGGACUGACUUUGAUCCAAAGCAGCAUGAAAAGCCUUAAACAGGAGUUGUGAUAGAAAGGAUUCAACUCGCAUACACACAAACACACACGCACUCAUGCAUACGCAGCCGCAUCACUUCAGACCGUCAACACAACAAAAGGAGGGCUGCUCUGUUGGAGUUACACAGCUCAGGAGCCAGUUUAAGUCUAAGGCAUCCCAGCCUCGCUCUUCAAGGACGGAACUGCAAACAGACGACGUCCUCGUAUCAGUAAAGCCAAUGCCGAUUUCCAUGGAAGGGGGAUACUUGUCGUGUUCAAGUGUGACGGCAAAAGGUCAAAACCAAACAGGAUUACUCUUUUGAUUCCUCCAAAACAUUAGUUUUAAUAUUGCCUAAAUGCUACCUUCCAUGACAGAUCCCAUUGCAACAUAUCAGAAACAAAUCCCAUUCUUUCAUUUCCAAAAUGUAGGCAAAUUACACGUUUUUCAGGGGGUUGACUGUGGGUAAGACUUAAUAAAGGUUGAAGACACUGGUACUAAUGCAUUACUCAUGAUGACUGAAUGGAACAUUUAUCAUGAAAUCCCCAUUUUUCAUGAACUAAUGAUCAAGUCACUGUGUCUUUCUAUGUUUACUUCACACUGACUUGAUCAUCACAUGUUAAUUCACCGCUUUGACUGACAGGUGUGUCGCUGCCAUGUGGGUUUUGAUUGACAGCUUGCUUGCCUGCAGAGUCUGAGUUUUGGAGCUUCUGUGUGUUAAAUCAGAAGGGUUUUUGCUCAUUUCUGACAGAGAGCUCUAUUCUAAAAUGUGCUUAAUGAAUUACAGUAACAAGAAUGUCAGAGAAUUCUGUCACUCAAAUAUUUUCUGACGUUUAGGACUUCACUACAAUAGCUGGUCUGUUAGUGGAACUUAGCUACAUAAGGUAAUGUUGGUGUAAAUUUAUAUAGUCUGUCAACUAGCCUGAUAAAGACAGCUAAUGCUAGUUUUAUUAUACAUCAUGCAACGCUGACAUUACUGUUAUUAAACACAACAGUAUGUGUUAACACUUAGUAACAUGUUGGUGUUUAAUACAAUAUGUGUUUUCAUAAACGUCUAAUGCCCAUUUUAUAUUUUAACGAUUGAAAAUGUUCAUAAAAAACAUGCUUAAUUUAGCAAAGAAUAUGUUCUGAUGUACUGGACAUUUAACAUCUGCUGACUCUUGACGGAUCCCUGGUGUCCUCUCAGAUAUUUUCAUAAAGUGCAAAAACAUGACUGGUUGUAGAAACUUAUCAGACCAAGUUACUCCUCUGCCUCCUCCAUGAAAAAGUGUUACUAUUAUUGAAGAUGAAAAAUGACAAUGGGGUGAAAAAAAAUCUUCUUUAUGGUAUAGCACCACCUCUUGAACCCCUUCCUACCGUUGCUAGCAGUCUGGCCAGUAUGUUUAGGAAGUUGGGGGUUGCAUUAGGUUGGCAAGACACCCCCCACCCCCCCACCCCCUUCUCCAGUUCCAACUAAACUCUGAUUCUAAACAAACACAACUCGGUGAGUGACACUGCAGGGGCUCCAUCCACUGGUUCCAGGUGUAUCCAACUUGGUACCAUGUCUCACUGCUGGUCUUAAUAUCUAAGUAAUAAAUUCUCCCUAAGACAUUCCUUAUAAAACUCAAUUACAGAUGUGGGAGCACAGUCAGAGUCCAGUUAUUUCCAAAAAAGUUUUGUGAACCUCAGAUAAUGCUCAUGUAAGGCUUGAGCAGUCUGAAACAAAUUAAACCUUGUUCCUGGGGGUCCUGAGCUUUUUAAGUAUAAAAUAUAGCAUCCCAGUCAGUGUUAUAAGGUUAUGACAUUAACAUUAAUUAAUUGGUAAGUGUGAGGUAAUGGCAUAAAGCCACAGUGACUUGAUGAUUAGCUCCUGGUGUGCAACAGGAAUUCAUAAAACCAUCCUGCAUUAAUUCAUCAUGAGUCAUGCAUUACUUAAGUAUAUGAUUUAUUAUAAGUAUCCAUUCAUGCUUUUUUUUUUUUUUUUUGCUCAACUUUUUCAGCAGAAACAAACAGAACAGCUAUCGACUAUGAGAAACCAGUAUCUGAUUUUCAUUUUGUUUCUGUGGUUGGUCUUAAAUUUUCCUUUAAACUGCUCCAAGAGUCCAAUUUCCAGAAGCUGAACAUUGAGUUUCUUGGGUUUCUACAAGUCAUUUUUAACAGCCUUCAGUCCAAUCAUCUGAAACUUUGGCCUGAAAAUGUCUAACACAUUGUCUUCAGUCGGGUCUUCGAUUGGAUUCAGUGCUUGAAGCCUGUUAUCUUGACGUCAGAGCCUCAGUGAAGUCCAUGAAAUUUGUGUUCAGUUGCAUUCAUAAUGGUUUUAAACCAACAGGUCUUAAACCGAACCUCUUGAAACCUGCAUUCACCCUGACUGCAGAUCCUGAUACCACCCCCUACAUUUCUGGAUUGUGCUCUGUUGGACCUUUUCCGGGCUCUGGUCCAGUUUGAGUCACUGAAGAUGGAGGCUGGUGCUGAGCUGUGUGGUUUUUUUGUUUUUUGUUUUUCUUCUUUUCAUUCUUUUCUGUUGGUUAGUCCACUUGUAGACUUGUGUGAUUCAUUGCAGGUGGUUGGAGGCCAGUAGAUGAACAAAUGUGGCUUAUUAAACAGAAUUGGUCAGCAACAGGAGGAACACACUACACUUCUCACUCUGUAGGUCCCUUAAUGACUCAUUUGUGGGUCUGAAUGUGGCAACGUUUCUUUUAUUAUGACGUCUGUAAUUUUUUUUUUUUUUGAUUGUAAAUAUAUAUUUGUUGUUUUAUGUGAAAGGAAGUGACUAAGCAAAUUCUGUUGCACUCUGAGUUUAACACUACUGCUGUGAUCGUCGCAAAGGAUUUUGUUGUUUUUAAGAAGGUUAUUUUUGCAACUCUUCACCUGUUACAUAUUUAAUGAUCUGAUGAACUACUAACCUAAUAAGCCUCUGGACACGUGUCCAAAUCUUACACACACACACACACAGACACACACACACACACACACAUACAUAUAAUAUAACACAAAAAGACAUACACAACAACAUUCUGAUCACAUUCCAAAGUCAGCACAUUUCUCACAUACACACCCAGCACCUUAUACAGUAGUGAUGCACACUGCAGACACCAAUUAAGAUGAGAUGAAGUUAACUUGAAUGAAGUGAGGUCGGAGACAGUAACAGCCUCUAUGGAAGUGUCAUGUUAUUUAUUCCAACACUGCAGGGAAAAAAAAAAAAACAGCCCCUCUGAACGUUACUUUCUUUUAAA